CUGGUGACGUUGCAUCCCUCCAUCCCUCUCCUCCUCCCUCUUUCGCUCUUCUGAACUCCUUUUACGACGUUGAGUCUCAGAGUCGAGCUCGGCGCCAGGUCCACUUUUCGGCAAAGUGACGUGGACGUCAACAGCAAUGGCGGAAGGAGAAGAGGUUCAGCCACUGUCAACGACGGGCGGCGACAGCUGGGAAAAAGAUCUUGAAGAAGCUCUGGAAGCAGGAGGUUGUGAUCUUGAAACUUUGAGAAAUAUAAUUCAAGGGAGACCAUUACCAGCUGAUUUAAGGGCCAAAGUUUGGAAGAUUGCUCUGAAUGUUGCAGGAAAAGGCGAUAGUUUGGCAUCGUGGGAUGGAAUUUUAGACUUGCCGGAGCAGGACACUAUUCAUAAAGAGUGCCUGGAGUUUAUUGACCAGCUUUCAGUGCCGGAAGAGAAGGCAGCAGAAUUGCUUCUGGAUAUUGAAUCUGUAAUUACUUUUUAUUGUAAAUCACGCAGUGUUAAAUAUAGCACAUCCCUUAGUUGGAUUCAUCUACUGAGACCACUGGUGCAUCUUCAACUGCCUCGCAGUGAUUUAUACAACUGCUUUUAUGCCAUCAUGAAUAAGUACAUCCCCAGGGAUUGUUCCCUGAAGGGGAGGCCAUUUCAUCUCUUCCGAUUACUCAUCCAAUACCAUGAGCCUGAACUUUGUUCUUUUCUUGAUACAAAGAAAAUCACUCCAGACUCCUAUGCACUCAACUGGCUUGGAAGCCUUUUUGCACGUUACUGUUCCAUUGAAGUCACUCAGGCAAUAUGGGAUGGAUAUCUACAGCAAGCAGAUCCAUUUUUUAUUUAUUUCUUAAUGUUAAUUAUCCUUGUUAAUACAAAAGAAAUUAUUUUAGUUCAAGAGUCUGACAGCAAAGAUGAAGUUAUCCACUUUUUGGAAAAUACUCCAUCCAGUUUGAAUCUAGAAGAUAUAGAAGACCUCUUCUCUUUGGCUCAGUAUUACUGCAGUAAAACACCAGCUUCUUUUCGGAAGGAUAAUCAUCAUCUCUUUGGUAGUACUCUGUUGGGAAUUAAGGAUGAUGAUGCAGAUCUGAGUCAGGCUCUCUGUCUGGCUGUUUCAGUAUCAGAGAUUCUUCAGGCAAAUCAGCUGCAAGGGGAAGGAGUCCGGUUCUUUGUGGUGGAUUGCCGUCCUGCAGAACAGUAUAAUGCUGGGCAUCUAUCAACUGCUUUCCACUUAGAUUCAGAUCUGAUGCUCCAGAAUCCAUCUGAGUUUGCGCAGUCAGUAAAGUCCUUGUUGGAAGCACAGAAGCAGUCUAUUGAGUCCGGCUCCAUAGCUGGUGGGGAACAUCUCUGUUUUAUGGGCAGUGGCAGAGAGGAGGAAGACAUGUACAUGAACAUGGUCCUGGCGCACUUUUUGCAGAAAAACAAAGAAUAUGUGAGUAUUGCCAGUGGAGGAUUUAUGGCCCUGCAGCAGCACCUGGCAGACAUUAAUGUCGAUGGACCAGAAAGUGGAUAUGGUCAUUGGAUUGCCAGCACCUCAGGCUCAAGGAGCAGUAUUAGUUCUUCUGUUGAUGGUGAAUCUUGUAAUGGCUCAAAUGAUAGAGGAAUGAAGUCACUUGUAAAUAAAAUGACUGUGGCUCUAAAGACAAAAUCUGUUAAUGUCAGAGAAAAGGUUAUCAGUUUUAUUGAGAAUACAUCAACUCCUGUGGACCGAAUGUCUUUCAAUCUUCCUUGGCCAGACAGAUCAUGUACAGAGCGGCAUGUGAGCAGCAGUGACAGAGUGGGCAAGCCUUACCGCGGCGUAAAGCCUGUGUUCAGCAUUGGGGAUGAAGAAGAAUACGACACAGAUGAAAUUGACAGUUCUUCAAUGUCAGAUGAUGAUAGAAAAGAAGUUGUAAACAUUCAGACUUGGAUAAACAAGCCAGAUAUCAAGCAUCAUUUUCCUUGUAAAGAAGUAAAAGAAAGUGGACAUAUGUUUCCUAGUCAUCUGUUGGUUACUGCAACACAUAUGUACUGCUUAAGGGAGAUUGUUUCACGGAAAGGAUUGGCUUAUAUUCAGUCUCGACAAGCACUAAAUUCUGUAGUUAAAAUUACGUCAAAGAAAAAGCAUCCUGAGCUAAUUACCUUCAAGUAUGGAAACAGCAGUGCUUCAGGAAUCGAAAUUUUGGCUAUUGAAAGGUAUUUGAUCCCAAAUGCAGGAGAUGCUACCAGAGCCAUAAAACAGCAGAUCAUGAAAGUAUUGGAUGCUUUGGAAAGUUAAUAUAAAAGAAAAUUAUUUAAAUGAAGUUAAGGCAACCAAGAAAAAUAUGAAAAUAUAUUUCCUGACUCAAUACUAACCAGAGACCUUUCAUUCGCUCAUGGGGGUGCUGAAUAGGUCUAAGUGCAAAUUAUUGUAAUCAAUCUUGGGAUGGGUAAACUUUUAAAAUUUUCUUUUGCAUCUUUGGUUUUAUAAAAUGAUUUAUUAUAAGGGUCAGAUAUUAAAUGACUUUGAAGUAACUGGCCUUGUACCCUUAUGACCCAGGGGCACAGAAUGCAGUUCUGUUUUGAAGAACUGUUUUAAGGGACAUGCAUCAUUUUCUAGUUUUUUUUCCUUCAAGUUUUAAAACAGUUGUACACGUACACAUUGCAAUGUCUUCACUGAAAUUUAGAGAGAAUUAGUUGAAGUGUCUUUCUUAAUUGCUACAUUUAGUUUUGCUACAAUGAGCAAUAUCAGAAAACUGAAAAUAUAAAAAGAAUGGAAUCUGUUUAAUGGAAUGAAUGAACAUUCUAGCCAAUUUAAAAUACAGCCCAGGUAAUGAAAUAUUGAAACAGUAGUUUCUAAAUAAUCUUUGCUCCAUUAGGUAAUUAUUUGGAUACCAAUUGCUUCAUCCUAAUGGUUGCUAAGGAGCAGUUAAAAGCAUAAGUAGGAAUGUCAAGAUUAAAAUUAGCAUUUGGAGGUCAGAAUUGUAUCUGUAAAAAUGUCAUUGGUCUUUAUUACAAAUGGAUUAUUUGAUUUAGGGUAUUUCAAAAUGUGUUGAGUACACUGAUUUGUCCCUCCCUGAGAUGAUGAUUUGUGACACACUAAUGUCCACUUGAGCAAAAGCCAGCUAAUCAGAGAGCCAUAUAAAUUAAAUGUUUUUAUAUCACUUUCUAAAAAUUCUCUUUUGGUUUGUCUUCUCAUUAAAAUUCCAGUGGUUUGAAGCUUUUUAUUCUUUUACUGUGACAAAACUGAAGUGAUCUGCUUUAUUUUGCAGCUUGCUCAGGUUAAUUUUUGUGGCCUGUAUUAGUCACACAUGAUGUGAGAUCUAAGGAACAUCUUUGGGAACUUGGGAUGGUUUUCAUAAAAUCUGUUUGGAAAAAUAACAAAUACAAUCUGCCAUAUCCUAAAAUGUAAUAGAUUUUCUCCAAGGAAUUGAUAGAAAUAUCUAGAUGUACCCUAAUAGUAGCCAGUUGUUUCAAUUUGCUUAAUGGAAAUCAAGUGAAUUAAAAAAAAAAAAACCAUAAUUUUAAAAAAAACUUUAUUCUGAUGUCUAAAUAAAAACAAUUUAUUUGAGUGGUUGAAGACAUUUGCAUGAAAUUGCACCCUGUGUUGCAAUACUUGAUAUUUAUAACUCUCCCCAAACUGUUGUGUUGCAUUUUUUCCAUUUCCUUGACACUCCCUUUAAAAUGUCCAGAAGUCUCAUUUUUCACCCAUCUCAGCUAUGGGACAUUUUUCAUAUUAAUGUAAAGAUGUUUGUGUUACUGUUUAUAAAUUACAAUUGUAAAUAAACUGGUACAGUUUGCUGAAAA